AUGACCACCUCUGUGACCUCCAUCUCUUGCCGCUGCGCUCAUGACAACCGGGCCCACGUCUUGAUUCGAUGCGGUUGCACCAGCGAUGAAAAGCAGCCCAACUCUGGCUCUAUCCACGUCAAGGACGACGGCUAUCACCGUACCUGGUGCACGGCUUGCCUCCAAUACUGUUCCAAGGCUUCGUGCUGCCCCUCCGCACUUCCUCAGGUCGCCAAAGCCACGUCUGCCAAGCGCCUCGCGAUCAUUCGCGCCCUCCUCAAAGCCAUCGCUAUCCCGCGGGGUAUCUUGUCCGCUACUCGGUCGUGGAUUGCUAGCAGACUUCUCUUUUGGGCGAAGAAGCCCGCUAUCCAUUUGGACGCUUCUGAAAAACCCUUGAGAGUCUCGUAGACGGCACACGGUACAAGGAGAUGCGUGAAGGAGGCGGAUUGGAGUCGCUGAAGACAUGUAAAUCCGACAUUUUGCGAGUGUGAAGGCCACGCGAGUCCGGCGCUCGUCGCAGCAGCUUCGAGGACACCCCGACUGCCCACUAUGUCCACUAUGCCCAUCCCAUAUCCAUUAUGUGGCCCAUCCGAACUAGCACCUCAUGUCCUGCCCCUUUCGACAUCACUAUGAUCGCCGUCCCUUCUACCAUGCCUUCUAUUCGUUCGCGAUCUGUUUUGUUAUUUUAUCUAACCUUACUCUUUAAUAACUUUAGCGUCAUUAUUGCUUUCGUCACCAAACACGAGUCCUCACUAUCCUCCUACUUUAGCCAUCUAAUACGUACGGUAGUGGACCUGCCAAGACAACUUGAUUCUGGUCGUCA